CAUGUCACUUACUCAGCACAUUGUUUACCGUCGUCUCUAUUGGCCCAAACUUUACCUUACACGGAUAUGAGAGGCAGAUAAUACCGAAGGGGCACUUCUGUCUGUGCCAGGAUACCAGACGGGCAGUGGUCGAUAGGAUCUGUUUGAAUACUCAAAUUUAAAUUAACAUCAGUAUAUCUGCAUGUAGUGUCAUCUUCACACUAAACAGGACAAUAAUUUUCUCGGCAAAAUGGGAUAUACGUUCCGCGAGUUUUUACGUGACAUUCUUGCGAUAAGAAAUGUUCUCAUUGUAAUUAUCACACCUAUUGUGUUGUUGCCUAUUCCAAUCAGUAUCCAAUCAAAGGAAUCAGAAUGUGCCUAUGUGGUCAUCAUCAUGGCGGUGUACUGGGUGACAGAAGCAUUGCCUAUUGCCGUGACGGCAUUGUUGCCAAUAAUAUUAUUUCCUAUGGUCGGAAUGAUGUCUGCAAAGGAUGUUUCUUCAAAAUUUGUCAACGAUACAACCAUGUUGUUUCUUGGCGGUCUAGUUAUAGCAGCUGCCAUUGAACACUGGAACAUCCACAAGCGAAUAGCUCUAAGGAUCAUUCUGAUAGUUGGAUCCGAACCUCACUGGUUGAUGUUAGGUAUGAUGCUGCCCACGUGGUUCCUGUCCAUGUGGAUUAGUAAUACUGCCACUACUGCCAUGAUGAUACCGAUAGCCAACGCAGUGCUGGUCCAGCUCCGAGAUGCCAAACAAACCAAAGAUACGACUACUUUUCCAGAGGAAAACGGUAUUGAUAACAAGGCUUUGGAAUUGGAAGAAAUCGCCAUUACAGAAAAACAAGGUGAAGUAACGCUAAAAGAAUCGGAUAAACUAGACGCGGAAAGUCCAGAAUGCGAUGACGUUUCGGAAGACAACAAGGCCGAGGCUGAGUAUCUCCGAAUGUGUAAAGCCCUGUCACUAGCCAUCGCAUACUCUGCCAAUGUUGGGGGUAUCGGCAGUCUCACAGGAACGGGGCCAAAUAUUGUCAUGAAGGGACAAAGUGAUAUCGUAUUUCAGAAGUACGGGGCUGAAUCUCCCGUGACGUUUGCCACGUGGAUGCAAUUCGGACUGCCACUAUCGGCUGUGUGUCUGGUUAUCCUUUGGGUAUGGCUACAGAUCUACUUUAUGCGGUGCAAAUCCUGUUUCAGCUGCUUUUCAAAACAGGACAAAUCCACGUCUAGACGAGUAACUGAAAUGUUGAGGAAGGCGUAUGAUGAGUUAGGACCUAUAACAUUUGCCCAGGGCGCUGUGAUGGCCCACUUUCUCUUACUUGCCAUUCUGUGGAUCUCGCGUGAUCUAGGAGGAGUCGGUGGAUGGGGAGAUUUGUUUCCGGAGAAAACCGUUACAGAUUCAACACCGUCCAUUUUGAUAUCAGCAAGUCUUUUCUUGUUUCCGUCAGAGAUUCCGAGUAUUUUCAGGUGUGGCAAAUCAGAUGACCUCUCGACAGGUCAAAACAAAGCUUCGGAAAAGGUGGCGCCAUUGCUGUCAUGGAAAGUGGCAGAGAAGAAUAUACCAUGGGGAGUCAUUUGGCUGCUUGGAGGCGGAUUCGCUCUCGCAGAAGGAAGUCAGGUGUCUGGCCUGUCUGCCUGGCUUGGUGAUAAACUCGCUGUGUUUAGUAGCUUUGAGCCCUGGGUAAUGAACCUGAUCCUGUGCUACAUCGUAGCGGCUGCAACAGAAGUGACUAGUAAUACUGCAAUCUGUACACUCAUGAUGCCCAUUAUGGCCGAACUGGCACUCAAACUGGGAGUAAAUCCAUUAUACUUAAUGUUCCCUACCGCCAUUGCCACGUCCUUCGCCUUUAUGCUGCCCGUAGCCACGCCCCCUAACGCUGUUGUCUUUUCCUACGGCUACGUCAAGGUCAUCGAUAUGGUGACGGCAGGUUUCUUCAUGAACAUCGUCGCUGUGUUGGUUUUAGUGGGAGCGACAGAAUCAUGGGGAGAAAGUAUAUUUCAUUUCCACACGGAGCCAGAUUUUUUCAAGAACUCUACAUUAACUCUUCUUAACACUACUGUAAACUCAACUUUUGCCUGCCUUUGUCCAACAACAGCUCUGCCAAUUAAUACAACGUAAUCUGACCUUCGUUUUGUACUGUUUCUAUGAUAUCGUAUAUUUUUACUGCAUUUUGUAGGAAUUAACAGCUUCGUUUAUGAAAUAAGUAAACUUACCUCACACUGCGUUAUAUAAUUAUACAUACUCGCCGACGGAAACGCAUAGCGAAGAGCUUAAUCCAUUGACAAUAUGGUCUCAUAACGUUUGGUGUGCAGACAGUUUUAUUAAAACAGAACUAAUCUUA